AUGCCAAAAUAGCAGAAGUAAACCAAAAGGGCAUAUGCUAAGGUGUCAUUAUUAAAUAAAGAAGCUUUAAAGGAUUUAGUAUUUCAAAAAGGAUUAAAAAUUAAAGAAGUAUUAUAUUUUAGUAAACUUUAAGGCAGCACAGAAGUUAUCCAUAAAUUAUGCAAGUGCUAAAACAAUUAUUCUUCAAUUCAGGUAAUAAUAAAUGAGAACAUCUGUCAAAUAUAUAUCUAAGAAGCCUUGUCUUAUUAAAUAAGCUUCAAAAAUAAAAUGUUCGAUUAAAAUUAUUUCCUAAACUGGUGGAAUGAAAGUAAAUGAAAAAGAAUAUGAUAUCAAUUGA